CCCGCUCCCAGGCUGCCCCGCGGCGGCGCGGCCGGGCCAUGGCGCCGCUGACCGACCUGUACCAGCUCACCAUGGCCUACGGGCACUGGCGGGCCGGGCGGCACCGCGCCCCCGCCGCCGCCGAGCUCUUCUUCCGCCGCGGGCCCUUCCGCGGGGCCUUCGCGCUGGGCGCCGGCCUGGCCGAGGGGCUGCGCUGCCUCCGCGCCUUCCGCUUCUCCGCCGCCGAUGUCGCCUACCUGCGCUCCGUCCUGCCCAGCACCACGGAAGAUGCCUUCUUCGAUUAUUUGGCCACUCUGGAUGCCUCGGAGGUGACCCUCUCUGCUGUGCCAGAGGGCUCCGUCGUCUUUGCCAGGGUCCCGUUCCUGCAGGUGAAGGGGCCGCUGCUGGUGGUGCAGUUGCUGGAGACCACGCUGCUGUGCCUGGUCAGCUAUGCCAGCCUGGUGGCCACGAAUGCUGCCCGCUUCCGACUCCUUGCUGGCCCAGACAUGAAGCUGAUGGAGAUUGGGCUCCGUCGUGCUCAGGGGCCGGACGGUGCCCUUUCAGCCUCCAAGUACUCCUACAUUGGGGGCUUUGACUGCACCAGCAACGUCCUGGCAGGGAAGCUCUACGGCAUCCCAGUGCACGGCACGAUUGCCCACUCCUUCAUCAUGUCCUUCACCUCACUGGAGGAGGUGCAGCCCCGGGAGCUGCUGCCAUUGGCAGGAGGAGAACCAGUGGAUCUCCCAGCCCUGGCCAAGUCGUGGCUGCAGCGUGUGUGUGAACUGCUGCAGACUCCCCCUGAGAAGGUGAAUAGGGGUGAGCUGGCUGCCUUCGUGUCCUACGCCAUCACCUUCCCGCAUGACUUCCAGGGGUUGCUGGACACGUACUGUGUCAGGAGGAGUGGCUUGCCAAACUUCUGUGCCGUGGCGCUGGCGCUGCACCAACUGGGGUACCGGGCCAUCGGAGUGCGUCUGGACAGUGGGGACCUGGCCCAGCAGUCCAAGGAGAUCCGCCAAGUGCUCCAAGCCUGCGGUGCUCACUUCCAGGUGCCCUGGUUUGAGACCAUCCCCAUCGCCGUCAGCAAUGACAUCAGUGAGCAGAGCCUGGAGGAGUUCAGCCGGGAGGGGAGCGAGAUUGACAUGAUCGGCGUUGGGACAAACCUGGUGACAUGUCCCCUGCAGCCAUCGCUGGGCUGUGUUUACAAGCUGGUGGAGGUAAAUGGCUCCCCAUGCCUGAAGCUCACAGAAGACGAGGAGAAGAUGACGAUCCCAGGGGUUAAGACAAUCUAUCGGCUCUAUGACACUGCUGGUCACCCCUUCAUGGACCUCAUGGCCCUGGAGGAGGAGCCCUCACCUAAGGCGGGGCAGGAGCUGGCGAUCCGGGUCCUGGGGCAGCUUGGUGAGACAAGCAAGGUCAUGCCCACCACUGUGGAGCCCCUCCAUCGCACGUACUUCAGAGAUGGUCAGAUGUGUGAGCUGCUGCCCAGCCUGCAGGAGGUGAGGAGCCACGCACAGGUGUCCCUCAGCCUGCUCAGUCCCGCUCACCGCCAGCUUCACGAGCCACAGCCUUACCCGGUGGCUGUGACGGAGAGGCUGCACCACCUCCUCGCUGAGCUGCAGCAGGCCAGUCAGUGAGGGGUCCCCACUCACCCCCCCGCGCUGAGCACAGCCCCUGCCAGGGGCCAGCUCUUCCUCUGUGCUGUUCCAAAGACCAGGUGACUAAUUGGGAAUUAAUGGCUCUAAUGAUGUUGCUGCUGUGUGGUACUAAUCUGAGGACCCUGCAGGAACUGGAAGAGCACCCUGGGGUCCCAGCAGCAGAGCUGGGGACAGAGGGAUGGGGCAAGCAGAGCUGGAAGGCAGCUGCCCCUGUAUCCUCUGCAAGCAAUGGUCCUUCCCUGCGCAUCUCGGUGGCCUUGCCAGCCUUGCACUUUCUGCCAUGAUGGUGCUGCCUGCCUUGGUGGCCCUGCACCUUCUGCUGUGGUGGUGCUGCCUGCCUCCAUGGCCCUGCCAGCCCUACACCUUCUGUGGUGGCAGCACAUGCUGAAGCUCCUUGGUGGCACUAGGGACCGAGUCUUCAGUGCACAAGAAGGGGUCCUGUCAUGGAAAGGGCCAGCCCGUCCCUUAACCCAUGUCCUGUGGGACAUCCGUGGCAGACAUACUUUGCCCUUCCUAUUCUAGGCUUUGGCUCUGUGGCCACAUUUCAUCCCUUUCCAUUUUGUAUGCAGUCCUUGGGGCAUGGAGGCUGGCUCCAGGUAGACGCCUGCACUCUCUAACCUGAUGUUCAUGGAGGAAACAUGGUACUAAUCCCUGCAAUUAGCUUCAUCCUAAGCAAAAAAGCAAAAUAAAGGCCUUUACCCACUAUGGCUAUGGCCACACCGUGUGGCUGCCCUGGUCCUUCAAAAUACCUGUUGCCUUCAGCUUGAAUGUUUAAUGCAAUGUCCUUCACUUCACAGUUUAUGACUGAAUAAAGCUGGAAAGAAAAAGCAAGUGCUGACCCCUGAGAGCAUCUGGAGGUGGCCCCAGCAGGUGCCAUAUGGCAUCCUGUGGCUCUAAUUGUGGUGAAGUCCCCUCUAUAGGUCCACUGGGGGUAGGUCUCAUGCCCAGGCAAUGGCUGUGAAGGCUUUAUCAAAACGGGGUCAAGGAAAGUUGUUGCAAGGAAUGGGAAAAAAGAAAGGCACAGACUGCUUCUUCUCCAGAACAUGCAUAUUUUCUCUAAUCCUGCCCAAAUCUGUCAUGGGAAGAUAGUAAAUCCUUUCCUCUGAGCUUGUAAAAUGUACAGACCCAGAACUGAGCCACCUAUCAGAAAAGUACAGUGAAGGAGAGCAAGAAGGCAAUCCCCAGCAAGAUACAUCUGCGCAUCCCUAGGCACCAACCUGGCACACCUUCCCAGGAACAGCUGUGGUUUAGGUCUUUGCAGCAUAUGUUGAUGCGGAGCAGGGGAAGUAUAUUAAAAGAGCUUAACCCAG